UUCCGGAUUCGUAGGCUCAUGGCUUGUCAUGAAACUCCUUGAACGGGACUAUAUUGUCCGUGCAACCGUUCGCGAUCCACAUAACCUGAAGAAGGUGAAGCUUCUGCUAGAAUUGCCAAAAGCCGACACAAACUUGACGUUAUGGAAGGCAGACCUUACAGAAGAAGGAAGCUUUGACGAAGCCAUUGAAGGUUGCGAUGGAGUAUUUCAUGUGGCCACCCCUGUUGAUUUUGAGACCAAGGACCCAGAGAAUGAAAUGAUCAAGCCAACAAUUAAAGGUGUGUUGGACAUCAUAAAAUCAUGUGCCAAAGCCAAAACAGUCAAGAGGCUGGUGUUCACUUCCUCGGCUGGAACUGUAAAUGUUCAGGAACAUCAACUUGAUGUCUAUGAUGAAAACCAUUGGAGUGACUUGGAUUUUAUCUACUCUAAGAAGAUGACUGCAUGGAUGUAUUUUGUGUCAAAAACCUUAGCGGAGAAAGCAGCAUGGGAAGCCGCUAAAGAGAACAACAUUGACUUCGUCAGUAUCAUACCAACACUAGUUGUAGGUCCAUUUAUCAUCCCAUCUUUCCCUCCAAGCUUAAUUACUGCACUUUCCCCCAUCACUGGAAAUAAGGCUCAUUACUCCAUUAUCAAGCAGGGUCAGUUUGUGCAUUUGGAUGAUCUUUGUGAGUCUCAUAUAUUUCUGUAUGAGCAUCCCAAAGCAGAGGGAAGAUACAUAUGCUCUUCACAUGAUGCAACCAUUUACGAUUUGGCCAAAAUGAUUAGAGAGAAAUGGCCCGAGUACAACGUCCCUGCAGAGUUCAAGGGCAUUGAUAAGGACUUGCCAGUGGUGUCUUUCUCAUCCAAGAAGUUGAUAGACAUGGGUUUUGAGUUUAAGUACAGCUUGGAGGACAUGUACAAAGGAGCUAUUGAUACUUGCAGAGAAAAAGGAAUGCUCCCCAACUCCAUCCAACACCAUGCCACUGGCCAAGACAAGGAAUUGCUUCCCUCUCCUUCCAAAAACAAUGCCAAUGGCCAAGACAAAGAAGGAAUUGCUUCCUAAUCCUAAUUGUUAAUGUUAUUCUGGGGGAUUGUGUGUGUUGCUUACCUUGGAAAAAUAAGCUUUUUAGACGAUUAAAAAGCAGCCAUAAGCCUGAAAUAUGUCUAGUGUUAAGUAAUUAUCCUUUGCAAUCACAGUGAGUUCAGACUCAAAAAUAAAUUUAGAUCCAUAAUUCCUUAACUACUCAAACUCUAAGGCAUGUUUGGUUCAGG